AUGGCAAAGGUGAAAGUCUUCGUUUGCGCCGGAGUCUUGAAGGCAAACGAGACUGGUCAAGUGCUGACAGCAGUGGGUAUGCCGAGGAGAGAGAGGGGCCCCUUGGCAAGCGGCCGGAGGAGGAAAGUGGCCCCUGCCCCGCUCCACCAGCCCGGUUUGCCCCUCUCCACCACCCGGCAGGUUCAGCGGCAACGCCAGCCAUGGGAUAACCGUGAGAAGCCCUUCAAGUGCGAGUUUGAGGGCUGCGACAGGCGCUUCGCCAACAGCAGCGACAGGAAGAAACACAUGCACGUCCACACCUCGGACAAGCCCUACAUCUGCAAGGUGUGCGACAAAUCCUACACCCACCCCAGCUCACUUAGGAAACACAUGAAGCAUGACCUCCAUAGUGCAGCUGCCAGCUGUACGGACUACCUCAUCGUCUUCCUGUAA